ACCCUAAAAAACAAUUUGGAGGCCCAGCAAUCCUUGGGGAUGCUGGUCUUAAGCAGCCAAUAGGUCUAUCAGUAGCUAUGGCUGCUGCAUCGCUCAUGGCGGGAGCUCUUGGAGGUCCUCAGAUUGGGAUCAACUCCAAUCAAAGUGGGCAACAGGGUCAGGGGGUUUUGGGCACCGAUCUGUUGACUCUUCAUCUGGCCAAAAUGUCAAGAAACCAGUUGAUUGAGAUUAUUUCUGAGAUGAAGGUAAGUGUUUGA